GUGCGCUAUUCUUGCGUUAGUCUUCGGGGUGUCUCCGAGACAUUAACAUCCUAGCAGGAAUCUCUGCUCGUCUGAACUCUAUAGAAAACUUUCAAAAGUUGAGGAGGCGGUAUGAUGCCGCUCAUGCAACAGGAUAACGGCCACAGUGGCGGCGGGUCUGAUGAUAAAAGUCGUGCAAUAACAGGAUUCUUGGCAUUCAGUUCCCUCCAGAUAUCUGAACCUGCUGCGGCACCAAAAACUUCCCGCAAUGAAGGCGAUGAAUGGCGCUGGGAGACACCGAAUAGUCCUGAGGCGGCGCAGUCGCCCAGGUCAUUGGUGCCACGGAAAUGCUUCCCACCGCGACAUUCCAACUCCUUCGGGAGUUUUAGUGAGAAGGCACGUCCUGGUAGUUGGGCUGAAGGACCAAGCUUCAAAUUUGUGGCGGACUUGGAGUUGAACCCUCGAACCCCGCCGCGCCGAUCUGCGUCGUUCAUGCCGGGUCGUAGCUGUGACUCUCUAAACACCGCGAUCGAUUUAUCGCCGGACCAAACUGCAGCUCAAUGUAAAGCGGAUUUAACACGACGCGCCUCUUUUUAUUCGGCGGGGACGCCCUCUGCUCCGAAUGCGGUGUGGCAAGGUAUUCUGCCCCCGCGCAGUGUGGAUGGCGCCGCAGGGUACUCCCCCAAGGUGUUCCUGGGCGGACUGCCCUGGGACAUCACGGAGCCUGCUUUACUACACGCGCUGAGGGCCUUCCACCCCAUCAGUGUGGAGUGGCCCGGCCGCGGUGCCUCCUGCCUGUCGUCGGGCCCGCGCGGGUUCGCGUACGUCACGUUGGACAACGAGCGCCGCGUGAGGGCGCUGCUGGCCGCCUCCCGCCGGGACUCCACUGACUUCUUCUACCGAAUAUCCUCCAGGAAUAUGAAGUCGAAAGAGGUGCAAGUGAUCCCCUGGUGCGUGUCGGACAGUAACUGGGUGUUCGGCGGCUCGGUCCGCCUGGAGCCGUCCCGCACGGUGUUCGUGGGCGCGCUGCACGGGAUGAUGUCGGCGCACUCGCUGGCUCUCAUCAUGAACGACCUGUUCAGUGGCGUCGUGUACGCAGGAAUAGACACUGACAAGAACAAAUACCCAAUCGGGUCAGGACGGGUCACAUUCAACAACCUGCACUCGUACGUGCGAGCCAUCGCUGCUGGCUACGUGGAGAUACAAACGGACAAGUUCACCAAGAAGGUUCAAGUGGAUCCGUACCUGGAAGACUCCAUGUGUUCGGUGUGCAACCUGCAGCAAGGACCCUACUUCUGUCGAGAGCCGGUGUGCUUCAGAUACUUCUGCCGCUCGUGCUGGUCGUGGCAGCACUCCUCAGACAACCACAAGCCUCUGAUGCGGAACUUCAAGCAGCACUCCCCCACGCCCUCCACUAGUGCGCCGCGCAGCUCCCCUCCCGGCGACCAGGGGAGCUCCCUCAAUGGGUGCAGCAGUAGCUUUACCUGCAUGCAGAACGGUUCCGCCGGUGACGGGUCGCCGAGCGCGGCCAGCGGCUCCAGCGAUCCUGCGCCCGAGGACUCGUCUGACUGGCAGUCGCUACGUUAGCUGUCCCGCGUGUCACGCAGAGUUCGCUGGAUCACAUGGCCUAACUGACACCUGUCAGUCACCCGCACUGUCACCUAGACACUAUUCUGUCACAUGCCACUGUCACCUGUCACGCGCUGCUCGGCGUGGCACUGCCUCGUUAAGGAGCCGCUAUUAAGUUGGGCGCUUCCUCAGCAUCCGCUUUUUAACGUAGGAUAGUUUGAUCAAUAGAGACGUACUGUACUUAAUCGAUCAAUUACAACUUGUUUCUCAGCACGUCACUAGUGUUAACAAAUUCUUUAAUAAUAAUUACCUACUAAUCGGGUAUAAUUUUGUUUUUGAUUAAUUUAAUUCAUUAUAUUUUUAUUUAAGAUUAAUAUUUUUGUUUUGAUUCACAAUAUUUUUAUUUUGAUGGAUGAUUUAUUAUAUUUUUAUUCCUGA